UCAAAUGUCAAAAUAAUAACCUAAAAGAAAGUAGUGAUUGAGAAAUCGGAUGGAAAAAAUUACAUAAAUAUUUGUUUCCGUAUCUGAUGAACAUUUAACAACAUAAAACAAAAUGGCUUUCGCAGGUUGUGGUAGCGACCACUGUUGUCAACAAAAUCCAAAUCCUGUUAUUAAAGAUAAAAGCAGUUGUAACAGUGAUGAGAAAGAAACAUCUGGUGAAACAACUAUUGAAGACCCGCAAGCAAUUGAAGUUUUCAAUAAUAAAAAUGUUUUCGAACUUAUUCGACACAUAAUAGAUCCAGAACAUCCAGUGACACUUGAGGAUUUAAAUGUAGUUCAAGAAGAUCUAGUGGAUGUAAACGAUGAAGAAAAUUACGUUAAAAUAAAUUUCACACCCACUAUUCCUUACUGCAGCAUGGCAACACUUAUAGGAUUAUCAAUCAGGGUGCAGCUUUUAAGAUGUUUACCUCCUAGAUUUAAAGUGACGGUGGAAGUGACUCCGGGUACACAUAAUGCCGAAAAAGCAGUCAAUAAACAACUAGCUGAUAAGGAAAGAGUUGCUGCAGCUUUAGAGAAUACUCAUCUUAUAAGUGUAAUUAACGAUUGUAUACCAAGGAAGAAAGGUUAAACAUGUGAAACUGAACAAUUUAACAUAAUUGGUGAUCUUUCGAUCUUGAUGCAAUGAAAUAAGUUCUUGAAAUUUUAUUUUCGCCUAAUAUUUUAAAUUCUUGUCAUUCACCAUAAGUUGAGGUUUUUAUUGUUGAAAUUUACCGAACUUGUUGAAGCUUAUCAUGAUGCCUUGUAGAAAGACAUGUAAAAACUGUAUAUGUCAUUAAAGGAAACUGUUGAAAUAAUAA